UCUGCUAUAUAUAGCACCAUAUAUAUCGUUGCUGAAACUUCAUAUAUAACCCAUAGAAAGAAAGAAAAAAAAAGAGAGAAAAACACACCACAUUAUGGUUAUAUUAAGGCCAAGCACAACACAAAAUCCAUGUCUUAAUGCUUGUGAAUUGGUUUCCUUUGGCAUAUAUUCCAAACCAUUGGAAAUUCCACUUCUUAAAUCAAGAAAUGGUAUUGAAGUAAAGAAAUUAACAAAAAGUUCAAUCCGAUCUUCACUAGCCUUGAAUCCUGUCAGUCCAGAAAUUUUCCGAGAAAAUGGAAGCGCGACCAAGAAAAAAGCAAAGGGACUUGCAAAUUCAUGUCCUUUUUCACCUUUAGAUUUCUUGGAAAGAGCUUCUAUUGUAUAUGGAAAUUGCACAUCAAUUGUGUACAAUGACAUAACUUACACAUGGUCUGAGACUUAUACUCGGUGCUUAAAAUUAGCAUCUUCCAUUUCAUCACUUGGUAUUAAAAAAGGCGACGUUGUUUCCGUCUUAGCUCCUAAUAUUCCAGCCAUGUACGAACUUCAAUUUGCUGUACCAAUGUCCGGAGCAAUCCUCAACAACAUAAAUUUCCGACUUGAUCCACGUACGUUAUCUGCUUUGCUUCAACAUAGUGAAGCAAAACUUAUAUUCGUGGAUUUUCAAGCAACUUCUUUAGUCGUUGAAGCACUUUCUAUGUUUCCACCUAAUGUACAAAUUCCAAAACUAGUCCUUAUUGAAGAUGAUGAUCAGAACAGUAAAAGCUCCUCAUUUUUCGAUAAUAAGUUUCUUAACAGCUACGAGAACAUGAUUAAAGAAGGCGAUUUGAGUUUCAAAUUGAUUACACCAGAUAGUGAGUGGGAACCAAUAGUACUGAAUUACACUUCUGGUACAACUUAUGCACCAAAAGGUGUACUUCAUAGCCAUAGAAGUGCAUUUACAAUGGCUAUUAUGGGAUUAAUUGAUUGGUGUGUUCCGAAACAACCCGUGUAUUUGUGGACAUUGCCAAUUUUUCAUGCUAAUGGUUGGGGAUUUUGCUGGGGAAUGGCUGCUGUUGGUGGAACUAAUGUAUGUCUUCGUCGAGGUCAUGAUGCUUCUUCAAUAUAUGAAGCUAUUCACCAACAUAAGGUAACACACAUGUGCGGUGCACCAGUAGUACUAAAUAUGCUAUCUACCUAUCCAAAAAAGCAACCCCUUGAUUCUCCUGUUCACAUAUACACCGCCGGAGCGCCACCGCCGCCCGCCGUCCUCGACAGAACGGAAUCUUUAGGCUUUGUAAUAAGCCAUGGUUAUGGAUUGACAGAAACAGGAGGACCUGCAGUUACAUGUGCAUGGAAACAAGAAUGGAAUCAUUUGCCACAGUCCGAAAGAGCACAGCUUAAAUCAAGACAAGGUGUGAGAAUGGUAGGAUUUACAGAGGUUGAUGUAGUCGACUUUGAAACUGGAAUUAGCAUAGAGAGAAAUGGCAUAGCAAUCGGAGAAAUCGUCUUGAGAGGAG